CUCCUCCAGCUGCGGAGAUAAAGGCUCUGUGCCCAGGACACACCUAGUUCUGUAUAGUCAGGCUGAUAGCUGCCCAACCGCAUUCCAGCUCUCCCAGCUACGCAGACAGUCUUCUCCAAACAGAACCAGGGGACAUCAUGGACUUCAGUCUGUCUGCAGCAGUCGACCCAGUGAAAAGUGAGGAAGCUAAAAAGGUUGAACAUGGCGAUGUGAAACAUGGCCAUAAAGGUGGCGAUCACGGCCAUAAGGGUGGAGAACAUGGGCAUAAGCAUGGAGAACAUGGGCAUAAGCAUGGAGAACAUGGGAAUAAGCAUGGAGAACAUGGACAUAAGGGUGGAGAACAUGAGCAUAAGCAUGGAGAACAUGGACACUGCAAAGAACACAAGGGUGAGCACAGCCAUUCCGGCGACUCCAGUGAUUCCAGCAGCUCAAGCGGAAGUGACUGUGAAAAAGGAAAGUCACAUGGAGAAGGCCAUGAGCACAAGAAAAAGGAAAAGAAGCUGCAUAAGGAGAAAAAACCCAAAGACAAGAAAGAGAAGAAAGAAAAGAAGGAUAAGAAAGAGAAAUGUGAGAAGAAAAAUUAACAGGAGUGUUAUAGGGGUGUACAGGUGCUCACAGUCCUGUAAAAUCACUGUGACCUCCAAAAAGUUAUAUUUCAGAGUUUCUCAGCAGCCGUUCUGUAUCCUAAGCGCUUACGUGUCAAUAAAGGCUCCUAUCAUUUA